AUGAAAUCCGAGAAUAGGAUUAACAAAAUCUUGAUUAUAAAAAUUGGAUUGUUAAACUUAAUUUUCAUAUGGAUAUUAGGAUAUUUCACUAAUGACAUCCCCGUUACAUUGCGCAAUGGUGAAAUCGUAGUAAAAAAUAAAUUCAAUUUACAGAGAAUAAGAAUAUUAGCAUCAUGCUUUGAAGAUGACACAUACGAUAGCAAUAAUAAUAAAGAUAUACUUGCGAGAACUUAUAAUGAUCCCAUCUAUUCAUUUUAUAAAACAAACCCUAAAACUAAAGGACGUAUUAAUGAACGCAAAAUAUGCUUUAUGAAAAAGAUAUAUCCCAAUAUUGAUAAAGACGGUGUAAACUAUGAAAGUCAAUUUUUCGAACUAAGAAAUAAAGUGCUGGCUCCUAUUGAAAAACGUAACCAAGGCCUACUAGAAGCUCAUCAUAAUUUAUUGAAUUUUGGUAAUUAUGUAUCAGAUAUGAAAUCUUAUGGAUUAGCAAUAGAAGAAGUAAAGAAAAAUAUUGAUUCUUUUAGAAAUACUUGUGAAUCACAAAUUUUAGGAAUAAAAAAUCUUUUAUCAAGUUAUAUGGAUUCUUGUGGAACACAAAUUAAGGAAGUAAGAAACUAUAUUGUUGAUAAAUACGAUUUUACUAAUAAUUUACCUGAAGAAAAUAAAUAUAAAGAUACUCAGGGUGAUUUUCACGCUAAUAGUAUAUACUCAAAAUAUUAUUCUGAUGAAAAUGAUUCAAAAUCAAAUGAUGAUAAUUCAAGUUUAGCGGAGAAAAAGAACUCCGAACCAUAUUAUGAUGAAAAUUACGGUGCUUCUGUAGAUGAAAAUAAAAAAGUUUAUGAUUAUACUCAUAAAAAUGAACGUUCCAAUGAUUAUACUCACAAAAAUGAACGUACCAAUGAUUAUACUCACAAAAAUGAACGUACCAAUGAUUAUACUCAUAAAAAUGAACGUUCCAAUGAUUAUACUCAUAAAAAUGAACGUACCAAUGAUUAUACUCACAAAAAUGAACGUACCAAUGAUUAUACUCACAAAAAUGAACGUACCAAUGAUUAUACUCAUAAAAAUGAACGUUCCAAUGAUUAUACUUACAAAAAUGAACGUUCCAAUGAUUAUACUCAUAAAAAUGAACGUUCCAAUGAUUAUACUCAUAAAAAUGAACGUACCAAUGAUUAUACUCAUAAAAAUGAACGUACCAAUGAUUAUACUUACAAAAAUGAACGUUCCAAUGAUUAUACUCAUAAAAAUGAACGUUCCAAUGAUUAUACUCAUAAAAAUGAACGUACCAAUGAUUAUACUCACAAAAAUGAACGUACCAAUGAUUAUACUUACAAAAAUGAACGUUCCAAUGAUUAUACUCAUAAAAAUGAACGUACCAAUGAUUAUACUCACAAAAAUGAACGUACCAAUGAUUAUACUCAUAAAAAUGAACGUACCAAUGAUUAUACUCACAAAAAUGAACGUACCAAUGAUUAUACUUACAAAAAUGAACGUUCCAAUGAUUAUACUUACAAACGUGAAUGUGACAAUGAAUAUACUUACAAACGUGAAUGUGACAAUGAAUAUACUUACAAACGCAAAUUUGACAAUGAUUAUACUCAUUGUGUUGGCGAUACCGAUUUAAUUUAUAAUGAUAGUGAUUCAAGUUAUAAUGGUAGCGAUUCAAGUGAUAAUGGUAGCGAUUCAAGUAAUGAUGAAGAUGUCUAUGAAACUUUUAAAAAACAUUAUCAAAGGAAAUUAAAGGAUGCCGAAAAGGCUAGACAUGGAAAUAAUGAUAUUCCUUAUAUUGAUGAUACCAAUUCAAGUGAUAUUGAAAUAAAUUAUGACUAUGCAACUUUUAAAAAAUAUGAUUACGACAAAUUAAAGGAUGCAUCAAAGGUUGGAUGUGGAAAUAAUGAUAAUACUAGUCAUAAAACAGACAACGUAUACGAAAAUGCAAAUGAUAAUCAUAACAAUGAAAUAAAAAAUACAGAAAACAAAAAUGUUGUAGAUUCUAAUAAUUGGGAUUGUCGACCAAAAGUAACUUAUAAAGAAAAAAAUACUAUAAUAAUAAAUUUGGAAUCAGAUAAUAAUGAAUCUCAAGAUAAUUCGAAUAAAAUUUCAGAGAAUUAUUAUGCUGGUGUGAACAGAACAAAUAAUGAUAAUUAUCGAAAAAAUAGAACUAAUGUUGCAGGAAAUUCAAAUGUGAAUGUUUUAAACAAAGAUACAAUAUGCCAUUCCGUAACAAGAAAUACAGUUUCAAAUAAACCUACGGUGAACCAAAAAAUUCCAGGUCAACAAGUUCCAAGUCAACGAAUUCUUGGUCAGCAAGUUUUAGAUAAGCAAGUUUUAGAUAAACAGAUUUCAGAUCAACAAGUUCCAAGUCAACAAGUUCCAAGUCAACGAAUUAUUGGUCAACAAGUUUUAGAUAAACAAGCUUCAGAUAAACAAGCUUCAGAUAAACAAAUUCCAAGUCAACGAAUUAUUGGUCAGCAAGUUUUAGAUAAACAAGCUUCAGAUAAGAAAAUUCCAAGUCAACAAGUUCCAAGUCAACGAAUUAUUGGUCAGCAAGUUUUAGAUAAACAAGCUUCAGAUAAGAAAAUUCCAAGUCAACAAGUUCCAAGUCAACGAAUUAUUGGUCAACAAGUUUUAGAUAAACAAGCUUCAGAUAAGAAAAUUCCAAGUCAACAAGUUCCAAGUCAACGAAUUAUUGGUCAACAAGUUUUAGAUAAACAAGCUUCAGAUAAACAAAUUCCAAGUCAACGAAUUAUUGGUCAGCAAGUUUUAGAUAAACAAGCUUCAGAUAAGAAAAUUCCAAGUCAACAAGUUCCAAGUCAACAAGUUCCAAGUCAACGAAUUAUUGGUCAGCAAGUUUUAGAUAAACAAGCUUCAGAUAAGAAAAUUCCAAGUCAACGAAUUAUUGGUCAACAAGUUUUAGAUAAACAAGCUUCAGAUAAACAAGCUUCAGAUAAACAAAUUCCAAGUCAACGAAUUAUUGGUCAGCAAGUUUUAGAUAAACAAGCUUCAGAUAAGAAAAUUCCAAGUCAACAAGUUCCAAGUCAACGAAUUAUUGGUCAGCAAGUUUUAGAUAAACAAGCUUCAGAUAAGAAAAUUCCAAGUCAACAAGUUCCAAGUCAACGAAUUAUUGGUCAACAAGUUUUAGAUAAACAAGCUUCAGAUAAACAAGCUUCAGAUAAACAAAUUCCAAGUCAACGAAUUAUUGGUCAGCAAGUUUUAGAUAAACAAGCUUCAGAUAAGAAAAUUCCAAGUCAACAAGUUCCAAGUCAACGAAUUAUUGGUCAACAAGUUUUAGAUAAACAAGCUUCAGAUAAACAAGCUUCAGAUAAACAAAUUCCAAGUCAACGAAUUAUUGGUCAGCAAGUUUUAGAUAAACAAGCUUCAGAUAAGAAAAUUCCAAGUCAACAAGUUCCAAGUCAACAAGUUCCAAGUCAACGAAUUAUUGGUCAACAAGUUUUAGAUAAACAAGCUUCAGAUAAGAAAAUUCCAAGUCAACGAAUUAUUGGUCAACAAGUUUUAGAUAAACAAGCUUCAGAUAAGAAAAUUCCAAGUCAACAAGUUCCAAGUCAACGAAUUAUUGGUCAACAAGUUUUAGAUAAACAAGCUUCAGAUAAACAAAUUCCAAGUCAACGAAUUAUUGGUCAGCAAGUUUUAGAUAAACAAGCUUCAGAUAAGAAAAUUCCAAGUCAACAAGUUCCAAGUCAACAAGUUCCAAGUCAACGAAUUAUUGGUCAGCAAGUUUUAGAUAAACAAGCUUCAGAUAAGAAAAUUCCAAGUCAACAAGUUCCAAGUCAACGAAUUAUUGGUCAACAAGUUUUAGAUAAACAAGCUUCAGAUAAACAAGCUUCAGAUAAACAAAUUCCAAGUCAACGAAUUAUUGGUCAGCAAGUUUUAGAUAAACAAGCUUCAGAUAAGAAAAUUCCAAGUCAACAAGUUCCAAGUCAACAAGUUCCAAGUCAACAAGUUCCAAGUCAACAAGUUCCAAGUCAACGAAUUAUUGGUCAACAAGUUUUAGAUAAACAAGCUUCAGAUAAGAAAAUUCCAAGUCAACGAAUUAUUGGUCAACAAGUUUUAGAUAAACAAGCUUCAGAUAAGAAAAUUCCAAGUCAACAAGUUCCAAGUCAACGAAUUAUUGGUCAACAAGUUUUAGAUAAACAAGCUUCAGAUAAACAAAUUCCAAGUCAACGAAUUAUUGGUCAGCAAGUUUUAGAUAAACAAGCUUCAGAUAAGAAAAUUCCAAGUCAACAAGUUCCAAGUCAACAAGUUCCAAGUCAACGAAUUAUUGGUCAGCAAGUUUUAGAUAAACAAGCUUCAGAUAAGAAAAUUCCAAGUCAACGAAUUAUUGGUCAACAAGUUUUAGAUAAACAAGCUUCAGAUAAACAAGUUUCAGAUAAACAAAUUCCAAGUCAACGAAUUAUUGGUCAGCAAGUUUUAGAUAAACAAGCUUCAGAUAAGCAAAUUUCAGGUCAACAAGUUCCAAGUCAACGAAUUAUUGGUCAGCAAGUUUUAGAUAAACAAGCUUCAGAUAAGCAAAUUCCAAGUCAACAAGUUCCAAGUCAACGAAUUAUUGGUCAACAAGUUUUAGAUAAACAAGCUUCAGAUAAACAAGCUUCAGAUAAACAAAUUCCAAGUCAACGAAUUAUUGGUCAGCAAGUUUUAGAUAAACAAGCUUCAGAUAAGAAAAUUCCAAGUCAACAAGUUCCAAGUCAACGAAUUAUUGGUCAACAAGUUUUAGAUAAACAAGCUUCAGAUAAACAAGCUUCAGAUAAACAAAUUCCAAGUCAACGAAUUAUUGGUCAGCAAGUUUUAGAUAAACAAGCUUCAGAUAAGAAAAUUCCAAGUCAACAAGUUCCAAGUCAACGAAUUAUUGGUCAACAAGUUUUAGAUAAACAAGCUUCAGAUAAGAAAAUUCCAAGUCAACGAAUUAUUGGUCAACAAGUUUUAGAUAAACAAGCUUCAGAUAAGAAAAUUCCAAGUCAACAAGUUCCAAGUCAACGAAUUAUUGGUCAACAAGUUUUAGAUAAACAAGCUUCAGAUAAACAAGCUUCAGAUAAACAAAUUCCAAGUCAACGAAUUAUUGGUCAGCAAGUUUUAGAUAAACAAGCUUCAGAUAAGAAAAUUCCAAGUCAACAAGUUCCAAGUCAACGAAUUAUUGGUCAACAAGCUUCAGAUAAACAAGCUUCAGAUAAACAAGCUUCAGAUAAACAAAUUCCAAGUCAACGAAUUAUUGGUCAGCAAGUUUUAGAUAAACAAGCUUCAGAUAAGAAAAUUCCAAGUCAACGAAUUAUUGGUCAACAAGUUUUAGAUAAACAAGCUUCAGAUAAGAAAAUUCCAAGUCAACGAAUUAUUGGUCAACAAGUUUUAGAUAAACAAGCUUCAGAUAAGAAAAUUCCAAGUCAACGAAUUAUUGGUCAACAAGUUUUAGAUAAGCAAGUUUUAGAUAAACAAGCUUCAGAUAAGAAAAUUCCAAGUCAACGAAUUAUUGGUCAGCAAGUUUUAGAUAAACAAGCUUCAGAUAAGAAAAUUCCAAGUCAACGAAUUAUUGGUCAACAAUUUUUAGAUAAACAAGCUUCAGAUAAACAAAUUCCAAGUCAACGAAUUAUUGGUCAACAAGUUUUAGAUAAACAAGCUUCAGAUAAACAAAUUCCAAGUCAACAAGUUCCAAGUCAACGAAUUAUUGGUCAACAAGUUUUAGAUAAACAAGCUUCAGAUAAACAAGCUUCAGAUAAACAAGUUCCAAGUCAACGAAUUAUUGGUCAACAAGUUUUAGAUAAACAAGCUUCAGAUAAGAAAAUUCCAAGUCAACGAAUUAUUGGUCAACAAGUUUUAGAUAAGCAAGCUUCAGAUAAGAAAAUUCCAAGUCAACGAAUUAUUGGUCAACAAGUUUUAGAUAAGCAAGUUUUAGAUAAACAGAUUUCAGGUCAACAAGUUCCAAGUCAACGAAUUCUUGGUCAGCAAGUUUUAGAUAAACAGAUUUCAGGUAAACAAAUUCCAAGUCAACGAAUUAUUGGUCAACAAGUUUUAGAUAAGCAAGUUUUAGAUAAACAGAUUUCAGUUCAACAAGUUCCAAGUCAACGAAUUCUUGGUCAGCAAGUUUUAGAUAAACAGAUUUCAGGUAAACAAGUUCCAAGUCAACGAAUUAUUGGUCAACAAGUUUUAGAUAAACAAGCUUCAGAUAAGAAAAUUCCAAGUCAACGAAUUAUUGAUCAACAAAUUACACGACAACAAGUUUCAGACCAGCAAGUUCCAGGUCAACAAAUUUCAGACCAACAAAUUACACAAAUAAUAGUUUCAGGACAACAAUUUACACAAAUAAUAGUUUCAGGAGAACAAGAUACACAUAUAAUAGUUUCAGGAGAACAAGAUACACAACAAAAAAUUAUAGGGCAACAAGUUCCAAGUCAACAAAUUUUAGGACACGUUUCAGACCCCAAAAUCCCAAGUCAACAUAUUCCAAACAAACCUGCGGCAGAUCAACCACUCAAAGGUGUUAAUGCUCCGAAUAAAUCACUUGCACAGCGAGCUCCACUCAUUACUGUUCCGAAUAGACCGCUUGCACAACGAGUUCCACGCAAUAAUGUUUCAAAUAAGGAUUUCUCAAAUAAAAAAACUACACGAAAAUAA